CUUGUAGGCUCGUAAAUCGAGUGAGGGGUCGCCCCAUGAGGAGGAGAAGUUGGUGCUUUGAGCCUCUUUAGCUGGUGUCCUCGGCGAAGUGAGCGGUAGAAGCUCAACAGUUCAGUGCGCAACUGUUCUUCAGGGGGACUGAGGGCCGGAACCACCCUGCCCACAGCUCCAUGAACCUGCUGCCGCCACCUGCAUCGGAUCUCUGUAGCGUUCUGUAACAGGAGGGGCCCUGCAGAAAGCGCCAGGCACCAUGAGGCAGCAAGCUUGGCCCGACAGAGUGCAGAAAUCACCCUUCAUCACCCUCAACCCGGCUGGGCAGCGGAGGAAAUGCACACAGAAGCAGCAGCGCAUGCCACAGCAGACACAGGCUAAUUCACAAAUCUGAGAGGACAGUGGAGAGCAAAUGGGGGAGGCAGGAAGAGACUGAGAGAGGGGAGUCAGUUACUCAGAUUGCGUCAUCCUAAAUGGCAAAGUGGACUGGGCCACCCUCAGAGGCAGUAAUGUCCUUGUUAACACAUUGUCCUUCGUUAGACCCUCCUUGUUAAAAAAAUCACAAGUCAGUCCCCCCCCGCCCCUGUGAGGCUACAGAGCUGAGGGGCAGAGGAGAGGAAAAUCAGAGGACGAAAGAGAGACAGAGCGGAAUAAAGAGACAGUGACAGGCCCCCAUGCAGGCCCGUAAGAAGUAUGUUCUGCUGGGCUUGUGUGCGUGCUGCUGGCUGGUCCUCUUUUACUGCGGUGGAGGAGCCCAGCUACGUGUGCUCCGCCUGCUGACACGCCAGCGGGGUGAAGUGAUGCGCCCCUGGCCCAACUGGACCGACAGGGCCUUCCUGCCCCGCUAUGCCCACCUGGAUGAGCUCCAGACGGACCCCGGGACGAUUGAGUCGCCCCGCCAGCGCCGCCAGGCGUGGUCGACCAUUUAUAAGGACAGUCGCUGCCGUAUGGAGACCUGUUUCGACUUCUCGCGGUGUCGCCGUAGAGGAAGAGAAGGGUUCAGGGUGUAUAUAUAUCCGACAGAGAAAAAUGACCAUGUGUCAGAAAGCUACAGGAAGAUCCUGACGUCCAUAGGUGAGUCCCGGUACUUCACAACAGACCCCCGUGAAGCGUGCCUGUUUGUGCUCGGGAUAGACACCUUAGAUCGGGACCAGCUAUCAGGACAGUUUGUGCCCAAUUUGGAUGAACGUAUCAAGGGUUACCCGCUCUGGAAUGACGGUAGGAACCACCUGAUCUUCAACCUGUACUCGGGCACCUGGCCUAACUACACAGAGGACCUAGGCUUCAACAUUGGCCAGGCCAUCUUAGCCAAAGCCAGCCUCAACACGGAACAUUUCAGGCCAGGCUUUGACGUGUCCAUCCCGCUGUUCUCAAAGGAACACCCGCAGAAGGGCGGAGAGCGGGGCUGGCUGGUGAGGAAUGCCACACCGCCACGAAGGAAGUACCUGCUGAUGUUUAAGGGGAAGCGCUAUCUGACGGGCAUCGGUUCAGACACCAGAAACGCUCUUCAUCACAUCCACAACGGAAAGGACAUUGUGUCGUUGACGACGUGCCGCCACGGGAAGGACUGGGAGAAGCACAAGGACGCCCGCUGUGACCAUGACAACCUGGAAUAUGAGAGGUUUGAUUACCAGGAGCUCCUCCACAACUCCACCUUCUGUCUGGUGCCUCGAGGGCGACGCCUGGGCUCUUUUCGCUUCCUAGAGUCACUCCAGGCGGCGUGUAUCCCAGUGCUGCUGAGUAACGGUUGGGAGCUGCCGUUCUCUGAUGUCAUACAGUGGAACCAGGCAGUCAUUGAAGGAGAUGAGAGAUUACUACUACAGGUGCCAUCCACAGUGAGAGCCGUAGCGAAUGAGAGGGUCUUGGCCCUCAGACAGAGGACCCAGAUGCUAUGGGAAGCCUACUUUUCCUCUGUGGACAAGAUAGUCCUCACCACACUGGAGAUUAUUAAGGAUCGUGUUUUCUCUCACAUAUCGAGAAACAAGUACAUGUGGAACUCCCUGCCAGGAGGCCUGCUGGUCCUGCCAGAGUACUCCACUCACCUCGCACAUUUCCCUUUCUACUACCUGGGAUUAGGGGUCAGUCCAGGUCAAGAGUUUACUGCUGUCAUCAAUGCCGUGUCCCCAUUGGUCUCCCAAUCUCAGCCAAUCAUGAAGCUGCUUCAAGUUGUCUCCAAGUCCAAAUACUGCUCGCAGAUCAUCAUCCUGUGGAACAGCGAGAAGCCCCCACCCAGUCGCAGCAAAUGGCCUCCGAUGCCCGUCCCCCUCACUGUGACAGACGGCAGGAGGAAGACCACCAGUCGGUUCCAACCUCAUGUUGCCAUAGAGACAGAAGCAGUGCUGAGUCUGGACGAGGAUACAGUCCUGCUGACCAGUGAGGUGAACUUUGCCUUCUUGGUAUGGCGGAGCUUCCCUGAACGCAUCGUGGGCUACCCUCCCAGGAGCCACUUCUGGGACCCCCUGAAGCGCGCCUGGGGCUACACCUCGAAAUGGACCAAUGACUACUCCAUCGUCCUGACUGGAGCUGCCUUCUACCACAGGUACUACCACUACCUGUUCACACACUACCUGCCCCAGUCUCUGCGCACUCUGGUGGACCGCACCUCCAACUGUGAGGACAUCCUGAUGAACUUCCUGGUCUCCGCGGUAACCCACCUGCCGCCAAUCAAAGUGGCCCAAAGGAAGCAGUACAAAGAGUUGCCCAGCCCACAGGGCACAAAGACCGUCCCCUGGGCCAACCCGGAGCACUUCAACCAGCGGCAGGAGUGUAUCAACACCUUCGCCAACUGGUUUGGCUACAUGCCUCUGGUCCACUCUCAGUUUCGCCUGGACCCCGUGCUCUUCAAAGAUCAAGUGUCUGUCUUCCGCAAGAAGUACAAAGACCUGGAGAGGGCAUGAACAUGAAGGAUAGAAUCGAGAGAAGGGCUGGAAAGCAUCGACGUCUGGUCUAGUAGCCUUUUGGACAGACAGAUGGACCAAUCAGUGGUGAUCAGAGGUUGGAGUGGGUGGGAUUUUGCCCAUUUCUGACAUGGACAAAGUACAAUCAUUCAACAGACCCUGGUGGACUGUUAAUAAACAUAUGAAGAGAAAUGGCCGAUAAAAGUUUGAUAAGAACUCAGGAUUCUCCCAGUGUGGUAGGACAACAAAGGAGGACAUGUCUUGGCCAUGAAAGAGGCCCUGUGAUUGGGCCUCCAACCGAGGAACAUCCCGAUUGGACAGCAGAGAAAGGAAGAGUGUGUGUGCUCUUCAGAUGUCAGUGCUAUUGCUUUGACAAUGGGAAGGAAAAGGCUAUUUCAUGCCAGAAGGGACUGGUAUUGGUGCCAUGCACUCCAGCUGUCAGUGUGUGUUUCAGCAAUCAGUGAAGGGACUGUUGCCAUGGAAACAGAUCAUUUCACAUCAAAAUGCUAAUUGUAAAAUCAAUAAAGUGAUUUAUAAAUGCAAA